AUCAGGAGCAGAGGACGUGUCUGUACCCAGUCUGGGGUACUACAGCAGGAUGAGUUUUCUGGAAGACCAGACUGAACCAAGGCCAUCACUUUCCAGCCUUCCUUCCACCCUUCCCUCAACCCCAGCUUCCAACCAACCUGGGUCUUCCACCGAGGAAGAAAUGGAAGAGCUUAGCUGGAGCCAGGAAGACCUCGGCCAGGAGGAGGGUCUGGAAAGUGGCAGGCAGGAGGAGGCUGGGCCCAGUGGCAGCCAGCAGGUGCCCAGGCCCAGUGGCAACCAGCAGGUGCCCAGGCCCAGGGGCAGCACCCGGUCACAGGUGCCUCCCCUCCUCAUUAGGUCCAUAAGGCCCAGGAAGGCGAGUCAUGUGGCGGCGGAAUCCCUGAGGCUCCUUGGGGAGGCAAGGGUGUUCCUCAGAGCACGUCCUGGCCCUGAAGAGGCCUAUGGCUGCUAUCUAGACAGAGAAUUGCAGCAAUUGGAGGAGGGCCAACUCCUCAUCUGUGUGAGACUUAUUUUUAAGAUAAUUCAGAUGGCGUUGAGGGGCCAGCUGACUGAGAACACCCACAUAUGUCAGCUCGCCCAUCGUUCUCCUCCUCCUCCUGCCACAAGUCCACCUCCAGAGCCACAGCCUCCAAGGAAGCGUGCAGGGAAGCUUAGCAGGAACGCUGCAGGGAAGCGUGCAAGGAAGACAAAGUGAUGGCCUGGCUUCAGUCUGGUCUGACAGAAGACGCAGGCUGUUGUUGUACCAAAGACUGGGGACAUGAAUGUCAUCUGCUGCUGUUCCCGAUCUCUCCGAGUCCAGGACCAGAUUGCGCUCCUUUUUUUUAUUUGGACUUCUCAGGCUACCAAUUUUCUUUUCCACAGAGUUGAUGUCUGUCCUGUGGUCCAAAGGCUCCAGCAGUUUCUCCAGCGUUGCCUUCCUCCUUUUUUUAUUUUGUUACCCAGAAUAAAUGGAUAUUUAGUUUUUCUUAUGAAAA